AGUGCCCCUGAGUUCAAUCCCCGGUACCAAAAAAAAAGAAAGAACAAAUCCCACUGACCACUCUUCUGGGGACUCACUGGGCUUUCAUAUCUGCAAGUCUCUUCUCCCUCUAACUUCUUAGGACAGAAGGAGUAGGGAUUCUUGUCUCUACUUUUAAUACAGGAGUGGUGCAGCCUCCAGAAGGCUGUAGAUUUAUAUAAAUUACACAGCAUGACCAAGGACACAGAGCUCAGAUCUGUGGACUGGCUCAAAGAUAAGGGCCCUUGGCAUCACAGAAACAUUCACCUGUGAACUUAGUGUUUGCUUUAUGUGAAUGAAGGAUGGGAAUAUCUGAAGGCAAUUGACCUUAUCUUUCUCUUUUGUCCCCACCUUGCCCCACCCCCAACAGUUGGUAAGUUUUCAGCAUGGCUGGGGAGUAUACACACAGAAAGUGAACCUUUCUAUGGCAGAGGGACAGUAUGGAAGUGGUUGGUCUGGAGAUGAAGGGAGACUUGCUUAGAAGCUGCUGAGAGCUCCCAAGAAGACAGAUAAUGCUAAGAGAAUAGGGGUUGAGGAGGAGGAACGGGGAAAAUCACUAACAAUAUCAUGCAUCUGUCUGUUCCUGAUAAUUUUCAUUGGUAAUAAGAAUAGUGCCAGGAUGACAAAAGAGGUAGCAGGUGCUGCUGAGAUUUCCCUUAGGAAAAGAAUGAUGUAUGAAGCUGUUUGUGGCUGUUGUUUGGUAGACAGUUGGCAUAUACAGGCCUCCAUAGGAGAGUGGGAACAGCAGCAAAGGCUUUCACUGUAUUGUGGUCAGAAGCACAUGAGAGACUAGGGAAAGAUGAGAGGAAGUUGCUGAAAGUCAAAUACCAGGACCCAAAUUGCAAUGUCUUGGAGGUAGGAAUGUGACCCUGAAGGAAGGGCAGUGUACUAGUCUAGGAUUAACCCAUUCUGACUUCUAAACAGAGAUCAGUCUCCUUCAUCGUAGAUUAGGAAAGCAGCUAGACCAGCCCCUUUUUGAAUGCAGCCUCAGCUCAGACCCACUUGUAAUUGGCACUCAGGAAUAUUAGGAGGGGAAGCAGCAGCAUGGUGGGUAUUAAGUGCCUGCUCUGUGCUAGGUGGAAAUGGUAGCAUGCUUUGCACUCAAAUCAUUUCCUGUUCACAACAGCCUUUUAAUAACCGAAGGAGUUGCUUCAUUUUUAUUAUUGAUGAACUAAAGUUUAGGUAAGUCAAACAAUGAAGUGCAAGAGCAAAGAUAAAAACAGUUCUGUCUGGCCCAGAGCCAGUUUGCAAGUUUGCAGUGCCCCACCCAGCCUUGCCACCCUGCUCCUCUGGAUCUGUCACAUAGGAACAAACAAGGACUGUGACAGAAUACAGAACCAGCCACCCAUGGAUUUAAUAUUCCCUUUUAAGAAAUGAACUACAAGAUGUAACUAUGACGUCAGUUUGGUAUUUAGAACCAACCAUGAGACAAAGCUUACAAAAAUGUUUACCUGAAUUUAGACUACAUUAAUAGGAAUAUUAAUGUAUCCUAUAUAAAACAUCCAGAUCAAAACCUGUUCUAAUAUACAAAUGUAUAAGUUCCAAGAUGCCUUGCUUCAAAGAGGGGAGCACUUCCCAUUGGGCAAAAAAGAUUAGAAUGGAAGAAUGAAAUGUCUUUAGACACUAAAGAUAUUCUGUGAGGCCUAAUGGAGCAAACUAAGAUACCCACCCGGUGGAUGCCACAGGGAGACUGAAGCCAGCUCAGCAUAAGGAUAAAUCUAUCCAAAGACUCUCUCAGGAAAUGGUAAGUUCCCUGGGUCUGGGGUGUGAAAGUAAUCACAGCUAAUGUUUUGAGGAUACCUGCUGCUUGCCAGAUCCUGUGCUGGAUGGAUUACAAAAGGUAUCUUGAAUAAUGCUUACCCUAGGAAGUAAUUCCUUUUAAUGUUCCCAUGUUAGAAACCUGAAGUUUAUAGAGGUAGAUAGCUGGACCAGGGCUGAGUCAGAGACCCAUUAUGCCAUUCACCAUAGGCUGGAACCCCAAACUGGAACCCGUGCUCAGGAAGGGAUUCUACAAUUAGCAGGAAACUGCACGACAUAAUAAAAGUGCCUCCCUGAAUAGUUGUUAUUCUGAUGUUUCCUAAGGCAAGAUUCAUGUUGCCUUGCCUCAGCGUCAGAGCCAGGUAGAGGCUGUACUGUCCACAAGGAGGUGAAACAAAAUGACAGUCCAGCUCCACAGUAUCCUUCUGCUGCCAUUGCGAGUCAGGGCUUCAGGACCUCUCACCCUCCUAGGUUCCUCCUUGAAAGAGCUAUGCUGAAAAAGAAAAUGACUGGACCUGGUAGUAAGGAACAGUGGCCACAGGGUGGCAGCAGAGCUAUAGCUGCGAAGGUCAGUUCCCAAGAAGAGUGGAGAGGCAGCACUGUCUAGUGAAGAUGGGUCUGUCCACAAAGAUGUGAAGCCAUCUCUGCUCUUUGGGCUCCAAAACCCCAUCAGUCUCCUGUAUCUCACUUUUCUGUCCACAGUCAACUCUCAGAGUGGUGAUUCCAGGUUUAACCUUCCCAAAGGCAGGGGUGUGACUAGGCUGUAUGAUUCUGACUGCUGACCCAGGCAGGGAAGGGACCAGGCUAUAUCACCCUGGCCAACUCUGACCUGGGUCCUUCCCAUUCUCCCUCCCAUCCAGGACAUAACAUCUAGCCUUCUUGACAGGAGUCUGUCUAUGCUUAAGUCUACAAGUUAGGAAAGGAGUGAUCAAUUGAAGCUCUCCAACCUGUUGAGGGAUUGGGGAUUCUUAAGGCCCCCUAGGGCCUGGCUCUGACAAAACAUCUGCAAUAAAUGAUGUUUCUUGAGCUCUGGAGACAGGAUUUAUGCAUCUAAUAAAGUCUAUAACUCCAGGCUUAGGGGCUGGGGGUGGGAGACUGAAAGCAGGGAGCCCCAGGGGACACAUGAGAGGGGAUCCCAGGUGGCCCUUAAUAGAGCCGUGCAUUUCCAUUGCCUGUCUAGAUUCCCCCUCAGGCUGCUGUUGGGGGUGGGAGAUAGGGGUACAGCAGGUAUAAGAGGCUGGUGUGGCUGUAGGAAGGCUGAUGGCAGCAUGGAUUCCAGGCGGGUGAUAGUGCUGCUGGUGUUGCUACUGUUAACGGACUGGGGCCAUGCUGAAGUACCAAGAGGCCAGGAUGGAGGAGACCAGGUCUUUGUGAAAGAAGACAAUGGACCCAGCUCACUGCAGCAUGCCCAGACCCCUGGGUCCCUCUUGCGCUCCCUGCUCCAGGCCAUGGAGAGACCUGGCCGGAGUCCAGCCUUCCUGUUUCAGCCCCAGAGGUUUGGCAGAAAUACCUGGGGACCCUGGAGCAACGAGCAACUGAAUCCCCGGGCUGGAGAGUUCUGGAGCCUGGCUGCCCCUCAGCGCUUUGGGAAAAAAUAAGUGUCAUCCCUUGAUGUGUUUGCAUGCAAGGCCCAAAGUGCCAUGUGUCCCCCCAAAUAAAGUGGUCUGGCUUCUGAA